AUGGCGGCCGCUCGCUGCAGCGACAUGGCGGAGCCCCAGCGGCGCCUUCCCGGGCAGGCGGCGCCCGCCGAGGAGGAGGAGGAGGCGGAGGUGGCGGCGGAGGUGGAGGUGGCGGCCGCGGCCGCCGGUGGGGCUGGAUCCUCCUCCUCCUCGUCGUCGCCGCUGCCGCCGCCGCCGCCUUCGGCCGCGGCGGAGCCGGAGCCGCUGCUGCUGCUGAACGGCGAGGCGGAGAGCAUGUCGGAGCCGAGCCCGGAGAGCGCCAGCCAGGCCGGGGACGGGGAGGACGAGGACGAGGAGGAGGAAGAGGAGGAGGAGGAGGAGGAGGAGGAGGAGGAGGGCGGCGAGGAGGAGGAGAGCAGCCUGGUGGGCAGCAGCAGCAGCAGCACGAGCAGCGGCUGCUGCAGCGACGAGACCCGCUCGCCGAGCCCCGGCGGCGGCAGCGAGGCCGACGCCAAGGAGGAGCCCAAGGGCCCCCGGGGCAGCCAGGAGGACGGGCCGGGCCGCGGCGGCGGCGGGGGCGGCAGCAGCUCCAGCAGCGUGUCCAGCGGCGGCGACGAGGGAUACGGCACCGGCCCCGGCACGGGCGGCGGCAGCAGCUGCGGCAGCGCCACGUCGGGGGGCCGGCGGGGCAGCCUGGAGAUGUCCUCGGACGGGGAGCCCCUCAGCCGCAUGGACUCGGAGGACAGCAUAAGCAGCACUAUCAUGGACGUAGACAGCACAAUUUCCAGUGGGCGUUCCACGCCAGUCAUGAUGAAUGGACAGGGAGUUCCUGCCUCCUCUGCCAAAAGCAUUGCCUAUAACUGUUGUUGGGAUCACUGCCACGCCUGCUUCAGCUCCAGCCCGGAUUUGGCGGAUCACAUUCGCUCCAUACACGUGGAUGGUCAGCGAGGAGGGGUGUUUGUUUGCUUGUGGAAAGGUUGCAAAGUAUAUAAUACACCUUCAACAAGUCAAAGUUGGUUGCAGAGGCAUAUGCUGACACACAGUGGGGACAAACCUUUCAAGUGUGUAGUUGGUGGGUGCAAUGCCAGCUUUGCAUCUCAGGGAGGACUUGCCCGUCAUGUGCCCACACACUUCAGCCAGCAGAACUCUUCAAAAGUUGCCAGCCAGCCAAAGGCCAAAGAGGAAUCUCCAUCUAAAGCUGGAAUGAAUAAAAGAAGAAAAUUGAAGAACAAGAGACGGCGAUCACUACCAAGACCUCAUGACUUCUUUGAUGCACAAACACUGGAUGCUAUAAGACAUCGAGCCAUCUGCUUUAACCUCUCAGCACAUAUAGAAAGUUUAGGAAAAGGCCACAGUGUUGUAUUUCAUAGUACUGUAAUAGCUAAACGAAAAGAAGAUUCUGGCAAAAUAAAGCUCUUGCUUCAUUGGACACCAGAGGACAUUCUGCCUGAUGUGUGGGUAAAUGAAAGUGAGCGACAUCAGUUAAAAACUAAAGUAGUUCAUUUAUCAAAACUACCAAAAGAUACUGCCUUGCUUCUGGACCCAAACAUUUACAGAAAUUCUAGUAAAGGAGGUACAUACAGUGGAAUCCUGAAAGAUCACUUCUGUUAAGAUCACAUACUGAACAAUGCCCCAGAAGAGAUUGAAGAGGUAAAAACCAAGCAACUGGGGACACCUGCAGUCUUAGUCACUGACAAUGGAUUUAGAAAUAAAGUUGCACAUUAGUCAAA